CAACUUAUAAUUAAAGCAAGCAAAAAUAAAAAUGGCUUUCUCACGCCUUUCAUUUGCUGCUUCUCUCGUUGUCUUCUCAUCUCUAAUCAUAUCCUCAGUUGCUUAUUACGGUGAUGAAGCAAACCCCGAGAACGGAAAAUUGAUUCCGGUAGCCGUUGAAGGUGUCAUCAUGUGCAAGUCCGGUGACAAAUCUUACCCAAUUCAAGGUGCAACGGCAAGAGUUACAUGUGUGAAGACAGACGUAUAUGGGGAAGAGAUUGUUCCUGUCUCAAUGAUGAGCAGCAAAACUGAUGCUAAAGGUUACUUCUUUGCCACACUAUUUCCUUCACAGCUUCGUGAAGGAAGGAUGGUGACCAAGUGCAAAGUUUUCCUUCACCAGUCUCCACUUGCUGAUUGCGAUUUUCCGACCAAUGUGAACAAAGGUGUGAAAGGACAGCCGUUGAGCAAAUACCGUAUUCUUGAAGACAAGAGUUUCAAGCUUUACUGGGCUGGUCCUUUCUUCUUCACCACUGAACCUACCUACUACUAACGAUCUUCUUUUGAUGAACAUGAUGUUAUCUGAGAAUCUUUCCUUUUGUUUGAUUCGUCGUGUAAUGGUGUCUGAAAAUGAGCUAAGAGUUUGUUUUCUUGUUUUUAAUUGAUUUAUCAUGUCUUACGAGCCAUUUUGUGA